AUGAAAAAAUUCUUUAUUGUUUUGUGUGCCGUGCUAGCUUUGGCAAAUGGUGAUGCCAGCCAUGUCAGCACCGAAUACUUGCCGCCUCAUGAAGGACAUGCCUCAGCACCAGUGGCUUCGUACAGUGCUCCAGCUGCCACUUAUUCGGCUUCCUACUCGGCACCAGCUGCUUCUUACUCGGCACCAGCUGCUUCUUACUCGGCACCAGCUGCUUCUUACUCGGCACCAGCUGCAUCAUACUCGGCACCCGCUGUUUCCUACUCCGCUCCAGCUGCCUCCUACUCUGCCCCAGCUGCAUCCUACUCUGCUCCAGCUGCCUCAUACUCAGCUCCAGCUGCCUCAUACUCUGCCCCAGCCGCUACCUACACCGAAUCUUAUGAUGCUGGCGCUUCUGCUCCUGCCCACACUUUCUCCUCUGCUGAAGGUUACAAGUACAAGACCAACCGUCGUCGUGUCUAUCGUCGCCGCCAUCGUCGUGAUGUAAGCACUGAAUACUUGCCACCUGUACAAGGUGCUGCUUCUGCUCCAUCCAGUGAAUAUUUGCCACCAGCAGCUUCGGCCCCAGCACCAUCGUAUUCGGCUCCAUCUUAUUCUGCUGCUAGCUAUUCGGCUCCAGCUGCCUCAUACUCUGCUCCAGCUGCCUCGUACUCUGCCCCAGCCGUUUCUUAUUCCGAAUCCUAUGAUACUGGUGCUUCGGCCCCCGCUCAUACCUUCUCCUCCACCGAUGGCUAUCGUUAUAAGACCCAACGUCGUCGUGUCAUUCGUCGUCACCGUCGUGAUGUCAGCCAUCUGAGCAAUACAUAUUUGCCACCCAAUGAAGGACAUGCUUCAGCACCUGCUGCUUCAUACUCAGCUAAGGCUACCUAUUCGGCUCCAGCUGUUACUCAUGCCGCUCCAGCUGCCACUUACUCUGCUGAAGCAUCAUAUACCGCCCCAGUUGUUACUCAUUCUGCACCAGCUGCUUCCUACUCGGCUCCUGUUGCUACCCACUCAGCCGCUGCCGCCGCUCCUGCUGUUUCUUAUUCUGCCCCAGCUGCUUCAUACUCUGCCCCAGCUGCUUCCUACUCUGCCCCAGCUGCUUCCUACUCCGCCCCAGCUGCUUCCUACUCUGCUCCCGCUGCCACCUACACCGAAUCCUAUGAAACUGGUGCAUCUGAACCAGCUCACAGCUUCUCCUCAGCUGAUGGUUACCGUUACAAGACCAAUCGUCGUCGUGUCAUCCGUCGUCACCGUCGUUUCUAAAUAAUGAAACUAUUU